UGUCAUCAGACUAUUUGCAUUGUGGCGCCAUCUUAAACAUUUUUCGUUUUCGCAACUUGUUUCUGUAAUUUGCGUAUGUUAAAAACAAAAUAAAAUCGGCAAUUAAAAUUGUGCUUUGUGCUGUUGUUUUUGUGUGGAACUUGAUAACGUUUACAGACUGUCGAAUAAAAGUAAAAUAAGACUGCGGUGUGGCGACACAUCGUUAGAUUACCUCCUCCGCUCCGUCAAGUAAACUUCUUCGUUGUAUGGAUGUUUAAGAAGGAUACAACUAUGAGGAAAGGCGGUGGCGGUGUGACCCUGGCGCCGCUGGCGACAUGAGCGCGGCCGCCCUCCGAGCGGACGGCGCGGGCGACUCCACGCCCGGCUCGGACGUCGGCGAGCGGAUCACGCGGCUCUUCCCCAAGUGCCGCCCCAAGAACAUGCAGCACGCACACGACAGGUUGACCUCCAGCCUGGAGGGUCGCGAUCGCGACACCAACAACGUGAACAACGCCUCGUCGGACGAGGAGCGAGGCAACGAGAGCCAACUAGUCAUACUCAACUCCAAGGGAGGGACUUACAAACUAAGAGACUCGAGGAUCAUAGAAAUCGCAGGAGGUCGGGAGCUGUACUCUCAGAGCCGGACGAAGGCGGUUCGCAAGCUGAGACACAACAACACGCACAAACACAACAUGAGGAACAAAGUGCGCUCGCUCACUAAAGAUACCGUGGAUUAUGCUGCUGAUAACCUUAGUAAUGAGAUAUCCCUACACAGAAUAAACAAUGAGCCUAAGAAAAUGAUUUCCCGGCACACCUCCCCAACAUACACGAACGGCGAUCGUGACGUCAUUCUAGAGAAUAGUGCUAUGGGUAUUCCGAAAAACAGUUCCCCCAUACUCGACCCCCAUAAGACGACUGAUGUCAGCACUAAGAGUAGUCCUAUAGCGGUCGUCGCUGAUGGCGAAGUCGUGGUCUUUGAUGAUAAUGAUGACUGGAAAGUGAUAUUGAAUUCUGUGUCUCUAGGUUUGAGGACGGAACCAGAAGCUAGUGACGAUGAAAUCGAUAUCAGUGUUAAGAGAACUUUAGACAAUAUUAAAAACGGUGAUAGUGACGUGUUGAAUAAUAAGAGUGAAGUGAGUUGUGAUAGUCAGUCUUCGCGGGAGGACGCCAGCCCGUCGGCCGCGUGGCUGUCGGGCGAGGAGGACAAGGCGCGGGUGACGAGGGUGAUCGGCGAGCUGCCCAUCGCGGAGUAUGAAGGCUCGCCGAGAAGGUACGGCGUGGGCACGCAGAAGCCGACGCGGUCGCCGAGGCCUGGGUUUCCUCAAAGGGUAGUAACAGAAAGCAGAGACAUCUCUCCGCCGUCAGGGUCGGCCGCCUUCGACUACUUGUACGAGUUCUCGGAGACGCGGAAGGUGCUCGAAGAGUUCUUCAGAUGUCCCACCAACGCGGGACAGCCGCAGAUCAACAACUUGAUCGCGAAUGACGAGAUUGUUAACUUUCAGGAGCUAGACUAUGAAUUACGACGCCAGCCUCAGGAGUGUCCGUCAGAGAACGGUCUGGAAGGCGGCAGUGAGUCGGAGUGGCCGCACGUACCCGACACGCUCGACUCUCCCCACACACCACAUAACCACACCAACUUCUUGGGCCUGCAGGUGCGCUCAACCCAGCAACCCGGCACGUACAACACGCCGAACGUUCGCGAACUCUCCGUAGGCGCGGCGUGGAGCGGCUCGGGGUCCCCGGCGCCGCGCGACGUGCCCUUCGCGCUGUCCACAGACUCCAGCGAUAGCGCCAGCGACCGCUCCCUGUCACUCAUGCUCAUGGAGAAUGAGCUGUCCGAGAUGAAAGCAGUGGUAAUGGACACGAACCGUGUCGUGGUGACGCACUUACCCGUCGUGGAAGAUGGCCUGUCUUCAGGACAUGCGUCCGAUACAGAUAACAAUAAUCAGAUGAUACAGAACCAUUCAGUAGUGAUAAAGGAAAUAGUGGAAAACGGUACGAGCACGGACCCUCAUGUGCUAUCCGAUGCUGACUUACAUUCACUGGAUCCUUUAGUGUGCAGCGAGUCCGCGCCACCGCCCCCGGCGCCGGCGCCGCACCGGCCCGCGUCGCCCGCGCCCGCGCUCACGCCGCACCACCACCACCAGCACCACGACGACGUCUACCCGCCGCGCAAAAGGCCGUCGUCUGCACAGAGUACAGAAUCAGUUGAAAUCAAACCAGCCAGUGGGGACGAAGUAAAUAUUUCAGAUGAAGCGGACACAGAUCUUGAGACAGACAGACUACUGGGUCAGCAGAGAACAGACGAUCAAGGAUUCUUUGACGAUAAAGGCUGGCGCAAGCCGAAGUCGCGCACGGUGAUGCCGGGCGGCAGCGUGGUGGCCGCCCGCUCGCCGCACGCGCACGACGCGCAGGACGCGCGCGACGACGACGCGCUGCAUAACGGGAAGGACAAAGAUGCGAAGAAAAAGAGCAAAAAUAAAGAAGACGUAACCCGUUCAGUGCUCAUAGAAGGCGUAUUAUUCCGUGCUCGCUACCUCGGCUCCACCCAGCUGGCAUGCGAGGGUCAACCCACUAAAGCUACCAGGAUGCUUCAAGCUGAAGAAGCUGUCUCCAGGAUUAAGUGGGGAUGCGACGGGCCGUACUCCGGCGUGUACGCAGCUCCGGCCGCCGUCUUCCGACUGUCGUUCCUGGGCUCGGUCGAGGUGGACGAGGACUCGCGAAGACGCAAGAAGCGCCCCAAAAAGAACAUGGUAGAGGAAGCCGUCACUAAGAUCAAGGCUCCCGAAGGCGAAAACCAGCCAAGUACAGAAGUCGACCUAUUUAUUUCUACGGAGAAAAUAAUGGUUUUAAACACGGAAUUGAAGGAAAUCAUGAUGGACCAUGCGUUGAGAACUAUAUCGUAUAUAGCUGAUAUUGGAGAUUUGGUCGUGUUGAUGGCAAGAAGAAGGUUCGUUCCACAUGAGAACGAUUCGGAUCAGCCCAAGUUGAAUCGUACGCCCAAAAUGAUAUGCCAUGUCUUUGAGAGUGAAGAGGCCCAAUUCAUAGCGCAGUCCAUAGGACAGGCGUUCCAGGUAGCCUACAUGGAGUUCCUAAAGGCCAACGGCAUAGAGGACCACAGUUUUGUCAAAGAGAUGGACUAUCAAGAGGUGUUGAACAGCCAAGAGAUAUUCGGAGACGAGCUACAAAUGUUCGCUAAGAAGGAAUUGCAGAAAGAGGUGGUGGUGCCGAAGACGAAGGGCGAGAUCCUGGGCGUGGUGGUGGUGGAGUCGGGCUGGGGCUCCAUGCUGCCCACCGUCGUCAUCGCCAACCUCGCGCCCGCCGGCGCCGCCGCCAGAUGCGGACAACUUAAUAUAGGAGAUCAAAUAAUUGCAAUAAACGGCGUGAGUCUCGUCGGGCUCCCGCUAUCGACCUGUCAGACUUACAUCAAGAACUCCAAGCAGCAGACCGUCGUCAAGCUGACGGUGGUGCCCUGCGCCCCGGUCGUCGAAGUCAAGAUCAAGCGGCCCGACACCAAGUACCAGCUAGGAUUCAGCGUACAAAAUGGCGUAAUAUGCAGCUUACUCCGCGGCGGCAUAGCGGAGCGCGGCGGCGUCCGCGUGGGGCACCGCAUCAUCGAGAUCAACUCGCAGAGCGUGGUCGCCGUGCCGCACGAACGGAUCGUCAACCUGCUCGCCACCUCCGUCGGAGAGAUCCUGAUGAAAACGAUGCCGACGUCAAUGUUCAGGCUUCUGACGGGGCAGGAGAACCCCGUGUUCAUCUAACGCGCGCGGCCGCCGCGUCUCAAGUGCCUGCUUACUGCCACUGUACACCACGGCCCUAGCCUCGCCUACAUACUGCCCACAACUAGAAAUUAAUAAAACCUCUAUACUUCACAGCUAUAGUUCUCGUGAAAUAUCUUUGCUGCUCUGAAGUUAGCCAUUAAACGUAUCGCGCAUGACAAGAACAGUGAUUUUUUCAUGUCACUAAUUGCUUGUUGAGUAAUUAAGCGUGCACCUCAAGACUAGUAGCCAACGUCAGACUAGUAAAGCUACUUGAUGACGACUACACUACGAUUGCGGUAUCUUGAAGUUAGCUGCGCAAUAGACAAUUUGUUCCUAAAAAUCUACUGCGGAAGAGCUAAUUUCAAACAACGUCGAUCGGUUUGAAAACUUAGCGCUUUAUAUCUGGUUAUUGUUGCAAGAUUUUGUGGCUGAAUUCAGCGCUUUACGAGUUAAUAACGUGGAAUAUGCCGCCAUCUUGGAUCGUGAAUUUGAAAAGUGCAGAGGUAUAGUUUGUACAUAUUUCAUAUUUUCUGUAUAUAAAAUUUUAGAGCUUGAAAUUAGGGUAGCUUUUCAAUGACUAUGAAAAAUAUAAGGCCACAUUUACUGUCUCGGUCAGUUAAACAAAAAAAGGUUCAGCAGAAAACUUCAUCAGGUCGUUGAAAACUUGCCCUAAAGGAAGUUAUCUCCGUUUAUAAAUCAACCCCGUAGGCCCCAUAUAGAUAUUCCCAAAACUAACAAAUUAAAUGUUUAACAAAUUAUAUGUAUGGAAAUUCGUCACCUUUGCUGACAAACCGGUCUAUGGUCCAUUUCUUGUAACUUUAGAUAGAGGUCCCACUAUAAUGCAAAGAAAUACAUAAAGCAAGGUAUGACACCACAAGUUUAUGAAAUUAGAAGAAAUUGUAAAAAAAAUAUGUUCUAGUAUUACUAGGUUCAUUAUCUAAAAUUACGUGAAAUGGAAUGUCUGAAUAAUGAAGUAGGUAGGUGAACUUGAGUUUGGAGAUCGUGACAAAUAAGUUCUUAAUUUAAAAUAAUAUGGUGCAAUAACCAGUUGUAGAAUGAUUUUAAACUUUAUUGCAUUGUAAUAAAGUUCUAUAUCGAAUGAAGUAGAUGCAACAAUUGAUCGAGUAUCGUCGGAUCUUUUCGAUAUAAAUGAAGUAUGAACAGAACUCUAAAACUAAAUAUUUAGUUAAAUAUUAUCUGUAUAUUUUUGUCAAACUAGUUUAAAAGUAUGUAAUUUUCAAUUGAGCCUUGGUAACUUGGUACAACUAUAUAGAUUUGACACAAAGAAUAUAAUUUUAUAAAGCGAGGAUAGGGCCCAACUCAAGCUUAGCUGAUAAAAUACUCAAAUAAAAAUACAUAUGUGAUGAGUUUCAAUGCUUACAAUGCUUUCGUGGCUAAUAAGAUAGAAUAUAAGUUGUAUUAUCUCUCUAUUAUUGAGCACUUUGUAUUUAUUAUAACGAUAGCAUCUUUUAUUCAUGAAAUAAAUGAUAACGCAUUAAUCUCACCCUCUUCACUACACAAUGUUUAAAGAGCGUUUUAGAUAAUAGUCUCAACUUCUCAAGUACACUUUGUGAACGAAAGAUGUAUUUUUCUUCCCGCUAUAGUAAAUACACAGUGCUACCUUUGAUUGUCAUGACAAUGUGUAUACAUACUCCACUAACUAUAUUUAUAAACUGAAUAUCAAAACCCACUCAUAUCUGCUUAGAUAUUUAUUAAAAAUAUUAACAAAAUUCAGGCAAUAUUUUUAAAUAAUUUCACGUCGCUUCUGUUCAAGAACAAAUUAUUUGAGAAUACAGAUUUUGCCAUAUUUUUAGUUGAUAAGUAUUUUAUGAUAUGAAUCGAGUUUUGUUUUAAGUAUAAUUUUUUAAAGGAUGUUUAUUUUUGUGGGUUUCUUGUCUGCCAUCGUUUUUUAGGUACUUAGAUUUCGUUUCCUAUUUAUUUUGGAAGCUCUAUAAGUUAUUUCAUCAUGAACUGUGAAAAAUAGAAUUUGGGUGUGUGAGGGAACAUUAGCAAAAAGUUAAUUUAUUUAUUUCGUAUCACCGUUCACGCCUGUUAGCAAUCUACCAUUCCAUUAUCAUAACUUUAGUUUGUAUAUUCUGUCUGUCAUACAAUCGUUAAGUUUUAAACUUAUUUCUAAUAAAACCUGCACCAUAGUUCAAAUCAUGUCAUUCAGUUCAGAAUCAAUAUGUAUAGCUUAGAUAAGUGGGUCAAAUGUUCUGUGGUUUGGCCCUGCUGUGGAAUUUGCAUCUAUCAUAGUCCGCAUCGAACCAGCAGAGUCACAUCACAGCACCACAGACCCACAGUGAUCAAAUUGAAUAAAAAAAGAAUUGAUUAGUGGAUAUAGAGUAAUAAAAAAGCAUUAUUUCGUGUAGCAUCUCAAAAGAUAUAUCAUAUUUUGUAAAUUUUAUAGUGUCGCUAUAGCUAUGUAACCUACAUAUGUAUGUCCUGUGUUCUUAGCUAAGCUUAGCGCUCUGAGAACGAGUAAACAAUAUUUAUUUAUGUAUAAAAAAUAUUAUAAUAUAUAUAAUUUAUAAACAGUUCUAAUUGUAAACACUUUAGAUAUAAACACUUGAAUAAACCGCUUCUGAUUACGUACAUUUAUCCCCGAAUCUAUUAUCCUCUCAAUAUGUCUUCUCGUUUCACUUGUUAGGUUCAUUUGCUCUUUCGGCCAGUGUCUUACUAUGGUGACCCUGCCUGUCGCGGGAAACAUCGACAUUACCCACCCAAUGUCACGCAUACCUUGAAAUAACAACAUUCAGGUACUGCUGAAGCCAUAUUCUAUCUACUACCUUCGUCGCUCAAAAUGUACCCAAACCGUUCCCAUUUUAGUUAGUCCUAAACCCCCGAACACUGGCCACGCCCUUGUGAACUAAACGUAAUAUAAUAAGUAUACAGUCUGAUGUAAUUUUGUAUUGCUAGCUGUUGUGAAUAAGAUUUAUUUACAUUGAGGAACACAGAUAAUAAAUAGCCUUUUAUUGUGAAAGCUGGUAUAUGGUAGGUACACUGUAACAUGUGAAAUAACUAUUGUUGUUCUCAUUUCUAAGAGUAUUAUUCUAGUCUGCAUUAAAGUUAAGAAUAAACUGAACAAACUGA